UUGGCAAGAUGCUUCUGGAGCGCAAUGAGGAGCUGCAGCGACAGCUGGAGAUGCUGAAUGCCCAGCACUCUGAGCGUGAGGAAGUGAGCUGGCAGCAGAGGGCAGGCAUGGGCAGAUGGGGGACAGGUGGCAGGGACCAGGUGGGGGUGGGGAGGAAAGCUGGGCAGGGGGAGGCCCCUGAACAGCAGUUCAGGGCUGGGACCAUUCCUCACACACACCCCUGGUCAUAUUGUCCACUGGUUAAGAAUACGGGCACUGAGGACAAGUCAGGACCUGGGUUCAGAUCCCCGCCUGGCUGUGUGGCUGUAGGAAAGCUGCUGGUCCUCUCGGAAUCUUGGGUCUGGUUCCUCAGCAGUAACCCCAGCCAACAUUUCCUGGGUGCCCCCUCCUUGCCUGGCUCAGUUCCUGGGUGCCCCCUCCCUGUCUGGCUCUGGGCUAGGCACUUUCCACCCAUCACUUCAGUCAAUUCUUACCCAAUUCUGAGAUACAAAAAGUUCUCUCUGCCCAGGCUGUCGUCAGCCACCCUCUCACCCUGGCGGUCACAUCUGGUCCCCUAAAUGCCCUGGACACCACUGACUCCUGUAUCCACAUCGUCAGCCCCACACCCUCUCCACCUGGCCAGACUGGGCAUCUCAACAUAAGUGGCACUGGAUUCCAUGACCCAAUCACCUGCCGUCCCCAUCUCAGCUUCCUACUGCAGGACCUGAGUCCCCGUGACCUCUCUCCUUCCACAUCGACAAGCCCUGCUGGUUCUUCUGCAAAACUAGAGUUCGAGUCUCCCCACUUCUCAUUGUCUCUCUAAGCAGGCCGUAGCCUCAUCGUCUCUGCCACAGACACUGCAGCCGCCUCCUCACUGGCCCUCAGCUUCCACUCUUGCUCCCUGGAGCCCUUUCUCCACAGGGCAGCCAGAGGGAUCUUCAAAAAUUCGAAGUCAGAUCAUUUCAGUCCUUGCCCAGAAUCUCCCAGUGGCUAGCCUCACAUUUAGAAUGAAACUGAAACUCUUCCCCACAUCCCUAAACAUCCCAUGUCACCUCCCUGACCUCAUCUCAGCCGCACAGCUCCUCCUCUGAUGGGUCCUUUUUUCACUUCCUUUAGUAACCCAAGCUUGUUGCCUCAGGGCCUUUGCACGUGAAGUCCCUUGCUGUGGCCCUCUUCCUUCUUGCCCUGCAGGAGUCAAUUUAGGCAUUACUUCCUCCUGAAGGAGCCCUCACCCACUGCUCUUUAUCACUUCUCAGAGUCUCUUUAUAGCCCUUAAUGUUCCCCCUCCAAAACUACCUGGUUCAAGAAUGUGUCCAUUUGCCUGUGACCCUCUGGACUCUAAGCUGCUUGAGACACAACUUGGUGGUCUCGCUUACUGCUGACAGCCAGACUCCAAAACAGGGGGGCUCAGGAAACAUGGGAUGGAUGGGUGGAUGGAUGGGACUUGGAGAUAUUAGGAGACUUUCCUGACCACAAAGCAGCAGCAGAGCUGGGCACUGGCCAGGAUAAUCAGACCCCGAACCUGUGGGCUUAAUCCUAGAGUUAUAUUGCCCCCACAGUAUUCAGUUAGGGGCUUGGCUGCCUGGGUUAGAAUCCCAGCUCCACUAACUCACUGUGUGUCCUUGGGCAAGACAUGUGACCUCUCUGAGGCCAGUUUUCUCAUCUGUAAAAUGAGGACGUUAAGGAUUCUAACUCAAAGUGAGUAAAUAAAACAAUACAGCUAAUGCGCUAGCCCAGGACCCUGCAGGAGCACCUGCUAAUACUUGGAACAGCUGUGGUUAGCAUCAUCUUCCUGUUUUGUGAGUCCAUAGAGUAGGGGGCAGAGGCUGGCCCCCUGGCUUGCCCGCCUCCCCAAGCUGGGCAUCUGGGUGUGCCAGGAGCGUCCCCCUGCUGGUUAGACAGGUUUUGGGGAGGGCAGGCAGAGGCGUGGGGCCAGGGUGGGGCUGAGCAUGGUUAAUUAGAGGGAGCUGGCCGGUGGGAGCUGGGGAAGAGGGCUUGAGCAGAGGCUGAAGCUUCAGAGCCCCUGGAACACAGGUGCGUGGGGCCAUGGGCCGAGGCUUAAAUUCUGCCAGACUCAGGCGUCAGAAGCGGCGCCUGCGGCCUCGGGUCCAGAAGCCCAGGCGGCAACCAGAGCAGCUGCAGCAGGAGAACCAUGAGCUCCGCCGGGGCCUGGCAGCACGGGGAGCUGAGUGGGAGGCCAGGGCUGUGGAGCUGGAAGGGGACGUGGAGGCCCUUCGGGCCCAGCUCGGGGAGCAGCGUUCAGAGCAGCAGGACAGCGGGCGUGAGCGGGUGCGGGCCCUCAGUGAACUCAGCGAACAGAACCUCCGGCUCAGUCAGCAGCUGGCCCAGGCCUCCCAGGCUGAGCAGGAGCUUCAGAGGGAACUGGAUGGCCUACGGGGGCAGUGCCAAGCUCAGGUCCUGGCUGGGGCAGAGCUGAGGACACGGCUGGAGAGUCUGCAGGGGGAGAAUCAGAUGCUGCAGAGCCGUCGACAGGACUUGGAGGCCCAGAUUCGAGGCCUGCGUGAGGAGGUGGAGAAGGGCCAGGGCAGGCUACAGGCAACCCACGAGGAGCUGCUGCUGCUACGACGUGAGAGGCGGGAGCACAGUCUGGAGCUGGAACGUGCGCGCUCCGAGGCGGAGGAAGCACUGAGCGCGCUGCGGCGGCUGCAGCGACGCGUCUCGGAGCUGGAGGAGUCGCGCCUCCAAGAGGCCGACAUCUCGGGAGCCUCGCUGCAGCUGGAGCUUGCCCAUAGCCUCGACAGUGUCCAUGACCAAGACCAGAACACGGACAGACGUGGAGACACUCUCAUGAGCUCUCGGCCCACCAGCCCCGCACAGACCACUCUGUCCCUGGAGACCCAAAAGGCAUCCAGCCAUCAGCCUUCGUCCCAGGAGGAGAGGUUGGAGCUUCCCAGGAAGCGAGCAUCCCUGAGCCCGGGGGAGAUGUUGGAAGAGGAGGAGGCAGAAGCGGUCCGGUUGCAGGAUGAGAUCACGCUGCAGCGGGCAGAGCUACAGGCCCUGCGGGAGGAACUGCAAAGGCAGAAGGAACUGAGGGCUCAGGACCCUGCGGAGGCCUUAAGUGAUGCUCUCUCCGACCGGGACGAGGCCGUGAACAAGCUCGCUGACGCCCCAGCGCCCUUGGACCCGUUUUCUGCCGACAGGGCCCUAGAAUUGUCCCUGGAGCUCAGCCGCGUUUCUCUGGAGCGGGACUCCCUCUCCCGAGAAUUGCUUCGCACCAUCGGCCAGAAGGUGGCGCUAACGCAAGAACUGGAGGCCUGGCAGGACGACAUGCAAGUGGUCAUCGGACAGCAGCUGCGCUCCCAACGCCUGAAAGAGUUGAGUGCGGCCGGUUCCACCCCACGCCGCGCCCCGCCGCGCUUCUCACUGCGCUUGGGCCCUGGGCCCUCCGGCGGCUUCCUCAGCAACUUCUUCCGAAGGACCUGAGGGCCGGGUGGAGGGGGCCCCCUUUGCCCUCUUUGGCUCACUUUCCACUUCCGGCCAAUGGAGCGACGGCCCCGAUCGUCUGCCAAAGGGGGCUAAUGCCCUCCCCGCCCUGAAAGGCUUAGCAGGGGCUCACUGGGAGCAAGUGCCAGCUUUGGGGUUCAGAGACCCCAGGUGGGUGGCAGAGGCAGGGGUGGCAGAGCUGUUUUUCGAAUCUAUAUAGGACUACUUUUUCUAGGCACUAGGCCCCCUGGCCCUGGCAAGCACCAGAACCGGGUGGGGGUGGGUAUUUAUGUAUCAAAAUCAGAGUAAUAUAUACAUCAUUACACCGA